AAACAUAGUUAAAACUAGCUUUUUGUGCCUAUUUGUCCCACCGGCCAGGACAGUUCACUCCGACUGCAGAGUACAGAAGACCCAUAUCAUCAUGAAGACUGUGGUAGCAUUGGCGCUUCUCAGCCUAGUUUGUGUGGAGGGAUGGCUCUUCUCUGAGGAUGCUGAGUGGAAUGACCUCAAAGUGACGUGGGGCUUGAACCAGGUGUUCAGCUCGACCGUGUUCGACUCCCUCCCCCGUACGGAGAGUGACGCCCUGGCGGACGGGUGGGUCGACUUCAGUCGUGGCGCAAGUUGCGACGGAGAUUUUUACCGCGGAUCCCGCUACAUCAAGGACAACGACCCCGCGGUCAUGCUGCUGUUCGACAAGAACGGCUACAUCGCUGGUAUUCAGAUGGGGGCCCGCAAAACUGACCUCUCUGCCAACGUUCCCGCUCCCCAAAUCAUGCACAUGUGGAACGACGAUGGGGACAUGUUUGUCAUCACCGCUUACUUCAUAGACCCAGGCUGAACGGAUUCGGCUGGAACAUCAAUGCCGACCUGAACAGCCCCCGCUACGAACACCCGGCUGUAGACGUUCUGGAUAUGUUCUUCCAGGACACCCCAGCCUGUUUCGUACAGCACGCCCAGCGCGGCCUGACCACCCAGCACAUCUACCUGGACGAUUCACCCAGCUUCAACUUCUGUUAGACACAACAGCCAUCUGAAGUCCUGCUGCGCAUCACGUCCACAACACAUCUACCUGGGCUGCACACAAACAUAACUUCCGUCACAAUUUCCCUCAAAACAACACUAGAAAUAUUUCAGCGUAAUAUUCAUACAGAUCUCCUUUCUGUACAUGUGCCUAUAUCUACACAUCAUGACUUGUGUAGAGAAAGAGUACGACAGGAGGAAGUGACGGGGCCAUUUUCCGCCACCAGGUCUGCUUGAGAUUAUUGUAAAAUCGUCACCAUCAAUCCAGAAACCGCAAAAUAUCCCUUUGGACCACACUUUUCACCUUACCUUUCUGACAAAGACAUUAAGUUGUUUUAUGUUGGAAUGCCUUAUAUGGAUACAAGUCAGUACCAGUACCUCAGCACGUUAGUACAUAGUCCAUACUUCAGAAACAAAUAUUGAAAUAAAGACAUGCCAAUGAAAA